AUGCCAGCAAUAUCAAAAAGUCUUCAAAUACUGGCAGAGCAAAGAAAUAGUACAAAAAGUAUCUUAUUUUCAAUUCUGAAAGUUUUUUUUUUAGGUUCCUGUCAGCCGGUUCCUGCUGCUCACAUUGACACAACGACAAUUUAUUUCGAUAGGCCAAUAUGGGACGAUGCCGAGUUGAGAAAAGAUCUUCUGGAUUCCGACGAAGAACAUUACUUAGACGGUUCGUCACUUGAUUUGAUUAUUAUUUUUUCCAGUUAAGAAUUUGGCUGAGCGUGCUGAAAAAAAAAUACGUUUGUGAAAAAAAUCAGCGGGCUUACAAAACAACUUUUUGCUUCAAAAAGCAUUGUCAUCUUCCCUGAUUUCAUUUCUUACCUGCGACGUAACUUUUUUUGGCCCCAAGCUGUUUUUUUAGAUCGAACUUCACUGAAAUGUUUUUUUCAGAAAAUUUUUCAAAACUUAAAAACCAAAACAAAAAAAUUUUUUUAAACCUCUCAAACAACGUUUUUUUCUUGAUAUUUGGGCAAUUUGCGAAAUUGAAAGGCUUAUUACUUGGAAACAAAAUCUAUUUGAAGGAGGUUUUUUUCUGUUCUGGAAGUAGGAAUCCUUAAAAGGCAUUUUAUACAAAAUCAAUUGAAAAUACAAUAAGGGAUCAGAAAACGGUCUCUUGUCUGAAGAAGUCAGGGUCGUAGCUUAAAUGAGUUAAAUUGCACAAAAAAAGUUUGAUGUAAUAAAACAAAUAAAACUAAAAAAAACUUUCAGUUCUGGAAUAUUUGAAAAAUUAAUUGAAUAAUUCGUUUAUAUCAAUGUUUCUGAGUUCCAUAUUUUGUGAAAAGUAUUUUAGCGCAGCAUUAGUAGAGUCGACUAAAAGUUAUUACUCCAAACAACUUCCCAGCAUUUUCGAAGCCCAUUUUGAUGAUUUAUUCCAGGUGACCCGCCAUCUUACAUUGGCGACAACGAAUCAGUUCUCGAAGAAAUUAUAAAGUGCGUUGAAAAGCUGUUUUUUCCGAUACAAAUUUUUUAGGUCGACAAAACAUGAUUAUUUUUCUAAUCCACUGGAGCACACACACCAAGAUGAAACUAUUUUAGUAAGCGAUGACGAAUUUGGUAGGAAUUUGAGAAGUUUCAAAAGUCAUUCUACAUUUUCCAGAUUACAGCAACGUUAAUCUGGGACUUCGAAGACAGCAAAGUUAGCAGUUUCUUUCAAAAUUUUUUAGUCAUUCGUUUAGGUGCUGGAAGUCCGGAAAUUGAAAAACGACGACUCGACUUUGCAAACGCCCCGUUUCAAGGAAGCUUGGAUACUUCGUGA